CGCCUUCGCACCGCGCGGCUGGUCCUGCUAGUACAGCGCAUCCUCGACGGCAUCCAAGCGGUUUUUGUAUCAUACCUGGGAUGUGGUGUCCGAAACUGCUCUUAUGUCUUGCAUGCUGGGCGGUUGGCGCGCUCGCACGGGUGGAUGAAAGCAAGAUCGCGAACAGGACAAUAGAACGGACUGUUCAACUACGGACACACUCCAUAUAUGCGCCGUACAUCGACCAAGACCUCCAAAAUCGAUGGUGGGACUUCGGUGCUGAUGCAUACAUUAACACAAACAAACACGUUCGUCUUACCCGUGCUCGACCCUCACAAAUGGGCUGGCUAUGGUCGCGGCUGCCGAUAACAGCCGCUAAUUUCGUUAUAGAAGUGGAAUUCAAGAUAUCAGGAGACUCGACGCAUUUAUUUGGUGAUGGUCUCGCCAUCUGGCUGACCAAAGACCGUGCGCAGCCCGGACCGGUAUUCGGAAGCAUUGACAGGUUUGACGGGUUGGGUAUCUUCAUCGAUACGUAUGCAAACAGCCGGCACUCGUACUCCUUCCCUCGUAUCAUGGCCAUUAAGGGCGAUGGGAAGACCAAUUAUGAUCUCGGCAAUGAUGGCGACUCGCAAAGUCUCGGUGCAUGCUCGGCAAAUGUUCGCCGAACGAACGUGGCUACGAAAGCCAAGAUCACAUACGUGAAGGACGAAUAUCUCGAUGUGAAACUGCAAUACAAAGCUUGGGAUGACUGGUCCGAUUGCUUCACAUUGAAGGGACUUUCGCUUCCGAUGUCGCCCUUCCUCGGAUUUUCAGCUAUGACCGGAGACGUGUUCGACAGUCACGACAUCAUUGCGGUGACGACGUCGUCCGCCAUUCUUUCCGCUCCGGAUUCCCCUCGCGAUAAGAUCAGGCCGUUCUCCUUCGGAUCUCGCAAAUCGUCCGGUUCUGGUUCGUGGAUGUGGACGUUCAUCAAGCUCGCACUCUUUGUUGCCUUCUGCUACGGCACCUACUACGGUUACCAGACCUACGUUCUCAAGAACGGUGGGCGUGGAUUCGGUGGCGGUCAUGGCAGAGGCUUCAGCUUUUCGGGAUUCGGCUCGAACAGAGGGUUCGGUGGGAUGUACAACAGUGGCAAGCGAUUCUGAGACCUGCCGGGGCUAUUCCUGUGUAUAUAUCCAUCUCGCUCUGAUGCGUUACUCGCUAUCUUAUUGAAUU